AUGGAUUUAGUUACAUUUACUUCAACCUUCCUUUGUGUAGCUCUCAUCGCCAAUUUCAUGUACAGAAGGUUCUUAUUGCAUGAUAAAACAAAAAGACUUCCACCAGGUCCACCAAGAUUGCCCAUAUUUGGUAACCUUCUCCAAUUAGGAAAACUCCCUCACAGGGACCUAGCCUCUCUAUGUGACAGAUAUGGACCCUUAGUGUAUCUUCACUUGGGUAGCAUUGAUGCCAUCACCACCAAUGACCCUGAUAUCAUACGUGAAAUUCUAGUUCGUCAAGAUGAUGUGUUUGCAUCAAGACCUCGAACUCUUGCUGCAAUUCAUUUAGCAUAUGGGUGUGGGGAUGUGGCACUAGCCCCAUUGGGUCCAAAUUGGAAGAGAAUGAGGAGAAUUUGCAUGGAGCACUUGUUGACAACAAAGCGGCUCGAAUCAUUUGCUAAGCAUCGUGCUGAGGAAGCACAACAUUUAGUUUGUGAUGUUUGGGCUCGAGCUCGAACUGGUAAGGCUGUGAACUUGAGGGAAGUGUUGGGUGCAUUCUCGAUGAACAAUGUUACUAGGAUGUUGCUAGGGAAGCAAUAUUUUGGAGUUGAAUCAGCUGGCCCUCAAGAGGCUGUGGAGUUCAUGCAUAUAACCCAUGAGUUGUUUUGGCUAUUGGGAUUGAUAUAUUUGGGUGAUUACUUACCAUUUUGGAGGUGGGUUGACCCUUAUGGCUGUGAGAAGAAAAUGAGGGAAGUGGAGAAGCGAGUCGAUAAUUUCCAUACGAAGAUUAUAGCUGAACAUAGGAGGGCAAGGGACAGAAAGAGAAAGGAAAAAGACCAGGAUGAUGGAGAAUUGGAUUUUGUUGAUGUCCUACUUUCCUUGCCUGGUGAAGAUGGAAAACAACACAUGGAUGACAAAGAAAUUAAAGCUCUAAUUCAGGACAUGAUAGCUGCUGCCACAGACACUUCAGCUGUGACCAGUGAAUGGGCAAUGACCGAGGUGAUCAAGCACCCACGUGUCCUUAGAAAGAUCCAAGAAGAGCUCGAUUCCGUUGUGGGUCCCAAUCGAAUGGUCUCCGAAUCAGACCUACCGCAUCUAAACUACUUACGUUGCGUCGUUCGUGAAACAUUUCGCAUGCACCCAGCUGGGCCCUUUCUAAUCCCACAUGAAUCAGUGUGUGCCACAACCAUAAAUGGCUAUUACAUCCCAGCCAAGACACGCGUCUUCAUCAACACGCAUGGGUUGGGUCGAAACACCAAGAUUUGGGACAAUGUGAAUGAUUUUCGACCCGAAAGGCAUUGGCUAAGUGAUGGGAGUCGAGUCGAGAUUAGCCACGGUAACGAUUUCAAAAUACUUCCAUUCAGUGCUGGGAAAAGAAAGUGCCCCGGCGCACCGCUUGGGGUGACUUUGGUUUUGAUGGCUUUGGCUCGAUUAUUCCACUGCUUUGAUUGGACCCCGUCAGAAGGGUUGAAACCCGAAGAUAUAGAUACCAGUGAGGUGUAUGGGAUGACUAUGCCCAGGGUCGAGCCAUUGAUGGCCAUAGCUAGAACACGCUUGGCCGAGCAUAUGUAUCUCUGA